AUGGAGGCAGAAAAAAACACGACCCUAUUCCUAGGCCGACCGAAAAAAAUCCUAACUGCCCACGGGGUCUGGCCUCACCCAAACAACUACAUUAUUUUGCGCAAACUUUACAUGUUAUUUGUAAUGUGGACUCAAUACUCUUUUCUCCUCUUCGAAAUUAUUUACAUAGUCAACGUUUGGGGCGAAAUUGACGAGGUAUCCGAGGCUUCAUAUCUGCUGUUUACUCAAGCAUCUCUGUGUUACAAGUCCACCACUUUUAUGAUCAACAAAAAAAGCUUAUUGGAGCUCCUAGAUAUUAUGGAUAGUGACAUUUUUAAGCCCAAAUCUGCUGAACAUGAGAAAAUUUUAGCAGCUCAAGCUCUGAAGAUAAAGCGGCUGUGUUUGUUCUUCUUGACGAGUGCCACCACCACUUGCACUUUAUGGGCAAUGAUACCUCUUUUCGAUGAUGCUAGCAAACGAUCUUUCCCUUUUAGGAUCUGGAUGCCGGUAACACCAUUAAAGUCUCCAGACUAUGAGCUCGGCUACUUGUACCAGAUGGUUAGCAUCUACAUCAGCGCUUUCCUCUUCAUAUCAGUGGACAGCGUCGCCGUGUGUAUGAUCAUGUUUGGUUGUGCAGAACUAGAGAUUAUCAUGGACAAGAUUAAGAAGAUCCAAAGUAUAUUCAAUACAGAUCAGUCAGAAGAGGGUCGAAAGAAGUUGUUAAAAAUGAAUAACGAACUCCUAGACGAAUGUGUCAAGCAGCAUCAGACGGUUGAAAGACUCAUUCAACUUUGUGAAGAUACGUAUCACGCGAAUAUCUUCUUUCAACUAAGCGGUACUGUUGCCAUUAUCUGUAAUAUAGGAUUAAGGAUUUCUAUUGUGGAAAAGAACAGCGUGCAGUUCUUCUCGAUGUUGAACUACAUGGUGACGAUGCUGUCUCAGCUGUUCCUGUACUGCUGGUGUGGGCACGAACUUACAAUACGGAGUGAAAAUCUUCGAGAAUGGUUGUACCAAUGUCCAUGGUAUGAGCAGGACACCAAGUUCAAACGAUCUUUGUUCAUUGCAAUGGAACGUAUGAAGAAGCCAAUCAUCUUCAAAGCUGGCCACUACAUAUCGCUGUCUCGACCUACGUUUGUAGCGAUUCUACGCUGUUCAUACUCAUACUUCGCAGUCCUGAACAGGGUGAACACAGAAUAA